UGGCAAGACUCAAAGAUCCAAAAGGUUCCCGGCCUUCUCAUCCAUUCGUCGACAACAACAACAAACAACAACCACCUGAUAACAACAACAAGAUGUCCUUUCUCAGCAGAACGCUCGCUACCACCUCGAGGGGCCUCCUCCAGGGCCGCUCAAGCUUCCUCGCUACAGGUCUUCGGCAGCAGAGCCGUUUCAUGUCGAUGAUCACCCUCGAAGGUUCCGAAGAGAUUGAGAAAUUCAGAAUCGUCAACGCCAAGUCCGUCCUCUAUUUCACAGCAGUUUGGUGUCCUCCGUGUAAGGUGAUCAAACCAGUCUAUGAGAAUAUGGCCAAAGAAAACGAGGAUGUAGCCUUUGGAUUGGUGGACGUCGACGACAAUUCGGAUGCUUCCUUGGAAUUCGAGAUUACCGCCGUUCCUACCUUUAUCUUUUUCGACGGAGAAAAGCCAGUGGAGAAAAUGACUGGAGCCGACAAAGCGACGCUGGAGCAAAAGCUUGCCGAUUUGAAGGCACGAUAAACAAACA